AAUCGUUAAUCAUGUAAGUGCUGCCGGCCAUCGGGUUCGGACCGGGAGCCGGGAGCGCGGAGCGCGGAGCGCAGGGCCGGGGCCGCGGCCCCUCCGCCUGCCCCCUCCCCGCCCCGGGCAGCCCGGCCCCAGGCAGCAGCCGCGCCGCUGCCAGAGCCCCGAGCAGCAUGCGGAGAGCCGCCGCCGGGGCCCCGCCAGCAUGUACGUGAGCUACCUCCUGGAGAAGGACGGGCCCAUGUACCCCGGCCCGGUGCGACAUUCGGGGGGGCUCAACCUGGCGGCGCAGAACUUCGUGGGCGCCCCGCAGUACGCGGACUACGGGGGCUACCAUGUGAACCUCGACAGCGCCCAGUCCCCCGGCCCGGCCUGGCCGGCGCCUUACGCCGCCCCGCUCCGCGACGACUGGGGCGCCUACGGCCAAGGGGCGCCGGCAGCCGCCGGCGCCGUCCACGGCCUCAACGGCGGUUCCCCCGCCGCCGCCAUGGCCUACAGCCCCGCCGACUACCACCACCACCACCACCACCACCACCCGCACGCCCACCACCACGCCGGCCCCGCGCCCCACUGCUCCGCCGGGGUCAUGCAGCCCCUCAACGCCGCCGCCAACGCCGCCGCCCCGGAGCCGCUCUCCCCCGGCGGGCAGCGCCGCGGCCUCUGCGAGUGGAUGAGGAAGCCGGCGCAGACCCCGCUCAGCAGCCAGGUUAAAACCAGGACGAAAGACAAGUACCGCGUCGUGUACACCGACCACCAGCGGCUGGAGCUGGAGAAGGAGUUUCACUACAGUCGCUACAUCACCAUCAGGAGGAAAGCGGAGCUGGCCUCCAACCUGGGGCUGUCGGAGAGGCAGGUGAAAAUCUGGUUCCAGAACAGGCGGGCGAAGGAGAGGAAGAUCAACAAGAAGAAGCUGCAGCAGGCGCAGCCCGGCGGGGCGGAGCCGCUCAGCCCCGGGGCCCCGCUGCAGGGUCCCGCAGCGGGGGCGGCCGCCGCCGGGCUGGGCCCCGCCGUCCCCCAGUGACAGCGGCCGGGGGACCGGGGCGCAGGGACUGCCGGAGGGAGCGGCCGCGGCGGGGCCGGGCCGGGCCGGGCCGGGCCGGGGCCGGGGGGGGCGCGGUGGGAGCGGCCCCCCCCGCCCAUGCACUACACCGCCCCGCGGGGCCGGCCGUGUGUACAGAUGUACAGUGUAUGUGUCUCGUCGUCCGGGGGAAGCGUGGCCAUCGCUUUAUUAUUAUUAUUAUUAUGUUUCGGUGGUUUCUUUACCCUGGAGUUUGUUAGAUAAAAGGCGGGGGGGUGGGGGGGGCGCUGCCUGCCAGGCCAACCCGCCGGUAAAUCUCAGGGAUCGGUCCGAAACACCUUAGAAAUGUUGUUGGGCUAACGAUGAAUUUUAAGAGGGAAAAAAAAGAAAAUUAAAGCACAUUUUUUUUAUUUUAUUA